UAUUUCUUGCCGAAGGCAUUCAUUUCAUUGUAUUUAACAAUGAAUUUUAACGUUGAUUUUGAAGCUAUUGGAAAUGCUUUUGUUCAACAUUAUUAUAGAACAUUUGAUAAUCCAGAUCCAAACGCAAGAACAGCCGGUUUAAGUGAUCUCUAUGAUCCAUUAAAUUCGUAUAUGACUUUUGAAGGUGUACAGGUUAAAGGUCGACAAGCAAUUUUGGAAAAAUUUGCUAGUCUUCCAUUUCGAUCAAUUAAACGGGCUAUAACAAAAACGGAUUGUCAACCCUUUCCUGAUGGAUCAGUCAUUAUAGCAGUUAUGGGACAGCUUCAAGUGGUGAAAAUUAUUUAUGAGCCAUUUUUUUACAGGUUUUAUUGGAGACUUGUAAUUUCUUAUUUGAGCUUCGUUGUAAUGUUUGCAAUGAAUACAAAAUUGGGGAAAACUGCUACUCGAGGGCAGAAACAAAUUCAUGAAGAAAACAUGACAGUAUUACGCUCAUAUUCAUUAGCAUCAGGAAUUAUUAUUGUAAAGUUUUUUUAUUUUUUUUCACCAUUUCUUCACCAACAUUUUGGCAAUGGGUGCGUUGAUCUUUUGGCAUUCUUCUGGUAUAAAUUCUAUAUUAUAGAGAAUGCCGAAUUUGAUUAUUCUUACAUUGAGUUUGCUUUUGCCAUAUGUGUUAUAUUACAAAUUGCAUCGCUUUUGACGAUGAGAUCUAUGGCUAAAUGUGUCAGAAAUGAAAAAGGUCAAAUUACUGAUGCUGGACUUGACCUAAAUCAAAAUGAUUCUUUUGGCGAAUAUUGUAAGGAUAUUAUUAUUAUUUGUUGUUUUACACUUCUGGUUGGAUGUUUUUGGUCGAAAAUAUUUUGGCUAUUAUUGAUUAUACCAGCGUUUAUUUUUUACAAGCUUUGGACUACAAUAUUAGCUCCUUGGUUCUUUGUGCAGCCAGUUGAAGAGGAUGAUAGUAAAAAAUUAAAGAAAAAGGAGAAAAAACUACGUAGAAUGUGA